CUUCAAGCUCUAAACACAACUCACUACAAGAUGUCGAAGCGACCGCGGACACUCGACGGCUUCUUCGCCUCGACGCCGGCCAAGAAGCAAAAAGCGGAACCGGAGAGCAUCUCCACCACAGCAAAGACUGUCAAGGAUGUUGACGUUGCAGCCUCAUUCUCACGUCACCAGCAAUAUCCUUUCCCCUUACCAGAUCUUCCUCCCAACAUCAGAGACCUCAUCAACUUUGUACCAGCGGCAGAUGCUCGUGAGAUCAAUAACCAACCGGAUCUCGAUCUCCUCUACUUCCAGCCAUACAUACCAAAAGAAAUCGAGCGAGAUCUGUUCGAGUUCUUGAGAAGCCAGCUCUUCUUCUACCGCGUCAAGUACAACAUUAAGAGAGGCCCGGUCGAGACUCAGGUCAACACGCCGCGAUUCACAACCGUUUUCGGCGUCGACGACACGUCACGCUUUGACAAAGGGAACCUGAUUGAUGCCGCGAGUGGCAAACCGGUGCCUCAUAAUGCGUACAAAUCCAAGCCACGACCGAUCCCGGAAUGUCUGAACGUACUCCGCCGGCUGACGGAGAAUGUGACUGGAUUCAGUUUCAACUACGUGCUCGUGAACUAUUACGCCUCUGGCGACGACAGCAUCUCGUAUCACAGCGAUGACGAGAAGUUUCUGGGACCCGAUCCGGCCAUUGCAUCCAUGUCGCUCGGUGCUAGAAGGGAUUUCCUCAUCAGACACAAACCGACGCCCGCCAAACACGAGUCUGAGACGAAGCCAACCAAAUUUGACCUCCACAGUGGCGAUCUAAUACUGAUGCGAGGCAAGUUCCAAAGCCACUGGCUACAUAGCAUACCGAAACGAAAAGGUGGUGAAGCAGACAAAGGCCGCAUCAAUAUCACGUUCCGAAAGGCCAUGAUCAAGUCAGGCACGGACAACUAUUAUCGGUACAAUGUUGGCGAUGGGGAAGUCUACAAGUGGAGCGAAACUUCCCGGACCAUGGUCGCGUGGAAAUCCGAAUGA